AUGACUAAGAAGAGACGAUCCGGCGGCCGCAACAAGUCCGGCCGAGGCCACGUAACUUUCGUGCGAUGCUCCAACUGCUCGCGCGCUGUCCCCAAGGACAAGGCUAUCAAGCGAUUCACCGUUCGUAACAUUGUCGAAGCCGCUGCCAUCCGUGAUCUUUCUGAAGCCUCGGUCUACCAGGAGUACGCUCUUCCCAAGUUGUACAUCAAGGUGGUAUACUGUGUUUCGUGCGCCAUUCACGCUCACAUUGUUCGUGUGAGGUCUCGUGAGGGUCGUCGUAACCGUUUGCCUCCUCCUCGUGUUCGCUUCAACAAGGACGGAAAGAAGGUCAACCCUGCAGUUGCUCAACUCCAGGCCAACAAGGCCUAA